AAAAGUUUCUUCGCUCGUCGUCGGUCGCAAAAAGUCGCGUUUUAUCAGAGGUCUUUUUCUGCCAGGGGAAAAAAUUGCAAACGAAAAUCCUCCAAAUCCGGCCGGCCAAACCGGGUACGUGGCGUGCGUUCGAUUAGUGUUGCUUCCGCCGGAGAUGCGUUCGUCGUGAUUCCGGUUGCGGGUCGGGUAAUUUUGCGGUAAAUUUUCGUUGCGGCGAUUCGGGUCGGCUUCUCGGGAGGCUGCUGCCGGAAGAACAACAAGAGGAACAUAUUUUUUUUGUGGGACGAGCAGCAAGAAGAAGAGCGGCGACACCAAGGAAAUCGCCAACACGUAAACUACUUUGAAGUAAAUCUGCAAGUUUAAACGCGAUGGAAAAGCAGCCGGAGGAACCUGCUGUGGCGGAGCCGGUCGAGGAAGCAAAAUCGCCGGAAGAACCGGUGGCCGAGGCAAAGUCUUCGGAAUUGGUCACCGAAACGGAGGUGCAGGAAAAGCCAAAUGAAAAAGAUUCCGCAAAUGAGGAGGAAAAGUCUGAGCAAAAAGAAGCGAGUGGUGAUGGUAGUGAAAAGGUAGAAGAGGAAAAGCCGGACGAAGAGUUGGUUGAGCAACGGGAUGAGCCGGAACGGAAGAAGGAAGAUGAUCCAGAAGAAACAGCGGAGGAGUUUGAGGAUGCCGUAGACACCGUGGGAGAGCCCGAUGACAUUGAGUUCCCGGAUCACUUCGGUGGUGACUCGUCGACGCGCUCCUCCCGCCGCGGCUCGGUACGCUCUGAUGGGGCGGCCUCCUCGUCGGACGAACAAAUGCCCCGGCUGCGCGUCACCGAGUCGGAAACGGUCGAAAUCGAGAGCUCGCCGGAAAAGUCACCCAAAACGGUCAGCAAAGCCCCGCGGCCGGGACCCUCCAAGGUGAUCGAAACGGUCGAUUUGGACGAUGACGAGGAGGAGUACGACGAGGAUCGGUCGUUCGAGGAGGACGACGAGGACGAUUACUAUGACGAUCCGGAGUCGGACGAUCAGGACGUGAACCGGGUGAUUCAGGACGCGGUGGACGAGAUUGACGCGAUGGACAGCCGGGGGUCGGGCGAGGAGGACAAGAUGGACGUCAGCUCGGACGAUGACGGGGAGGAUUACAGUGAUUACGACGAUGAUGACCGUCGGAGGAGCGUUGUGGAGUCGCGGAAGGGCAGUGACAAACGGAAGAGGGGAGGUAGUGAUUACUCCGAGGGGGAGAUUUACGACGCGGAUGACGGUGAUGAGUACGACCAGGUGGGGGAAGUGGACGAACCGGGACGGAGCUACCGGCCGUCCAGGUCGCGGGGAGUGUCGCUGGGGCAAAUCAGUGUGGACGACGACAGUGAGGAGGAAAAGGAAAAGGUCAGUCCGAAGAAGAAGGCUGGUGGCAAGGUGAAGUACAAAUCGUACCGCCAGAAGCUCGUCGCCGGGAUUCGCAAGCGGACCCUUAAAAUCCUAAACAAGCGCAGCAUGCACGUUAUGGAAGAGGGCAGCGACGCGACGCUCGUCUGCUCCUCCGCCGAUGCCACCGCCGCCAAAGUAGUCAGUCUCAAGUCGAGCAGCGUCGCGACGCCGAACGCCACCACCAGUAGCAAGUCACCUGCGCCGGAAGAGGCACGUCUCAGCGGCAAGCCGGAAUCACCUAGGGAAGCCGCUCUGGUUGAUAGCAAGAAGGGGAGCAGCAGCGAUGAGAACAAGGAGAACAUGACGGUCAAGGAUAUUGAAGUGGCGACCGCAAAGGUGGUUGAGGAGAAGGUCAAGCCGGCUAAGGAUGACGAGAAGAAGCGGGAGGGAAGUGGUGAGGACGUCAUGUCCGGCAUGGAGAUUGAGGAGGACCAGCAGGACUGCACGUACCGGAAUGGGUCCAAGACGGAAGAUUUCAACGACGAGCUCACAUUCCAGAUGGAUGGUGGAAGUGGCGCUGGGAGUCAGCAGUCUUCGAAUGGUGAUGACGACACGGAGGAAGGGGACGACGAUGAGGAGCAGGAGGAGCAGGGUGCGGUGGAUUUGUCCUCGUCGACGGAGACCGUGAACAAGCCGGAAGAGCCGGCGGAGAGUUCGUCGGAGAAGAGUGUGACGAAGACAACGCAGAAGCCGGAAGUUCCGGUGGAGGAGCCAGAUCUCAGCAGCGUGGAAAAGACGGUCAAGGUUGAGCCGAUGGAGCAGCCGGAGGAGCGGCGGGAAGAAGCGCCAACGGUGGAUUUGAGCAGCAAGACUAGUCGUAAGGAGAAGCCGGUUUCGCGGAAGCGACGUCGCUCCGUCGAGGAGUACGAAGACGAAGAGGACGCCGAGCCGGUGAUGCCUUCGAAGAAGUUGAAACGCGAGCUGGAGUGCAACUUCCGGGCGCACGACCUCCUGCUCAAGGAGUACAUCGAGAACACGUCCAACGACUCGAUGGAGGACGUCCACAAGAACACCGAGCUGCUACAGGUCGAAAUUCAGACCCUAAACGAUAUGAUACGUGCCAAAGAGAACGAGUGGAACAACAUGAUCCACCUGAAGAAGGUCAAGGAGGAGAUCCUGAUGAGGUUGACGCGGAAAAAGAACGUCCUCAACAUCGUCCACACCAAGCUGGGCGAGGAACCUCCCGCGGACUACAGCCUGUCGAACGUCCGAUCGGCCUCGGUCGGCCCAAGACCUCCAACGCCCCCGCCCGAAGUCGACAUCCGACCGGCGUCCGUCACACCCCUUCACAGCUCCCGCCAAAGCGCCAACACCUCGACCGCCAACGACAGCCGGCGUUCCGCGCCCAGCACCAACAGCAGCAGCCUCUUUGCCCAGUUCAACCACAUCAACAGUUCCGUAACCAUGGUGCCAUUAUCGACCUCCCCCUCCCUCAUCACUUCCACCAACACGAUCCUCCAAUCUCGCGCCAACAUGAAGCCCGCCGAGCUCGCCAAGGAAAAACCAAACGCCGCCCAAAUCCAGCGGCAAAUCCUGCCCAAACCCAUCCUCUCCAACCACCAGCAAAUCCUAAACAACCUGGCCAUGUCGGCCGGACUCACGGCCGCCAACGUGACCAGCUCCACGAUCUCAAACACCACAUCGUCGGCGUCGUCGUCCAACACGAUGGCCGCGGCAGCCAUCGCCGCCAACAACAUCCUAGCCGGGCUCGGCCUCUCCGCCCAAGCGGCGGCCCUUCUGAACGGCCACCACAAUCCGGGCGGCCACCAGAAUCAGCACAACAUCAACAACCAGCUGCAGGUGGGCCGGCAGGGCGUCAUCAAGGACGUCAAGAGUAUUAUCGCCGACUACCGGCAGAAGCAUCCGGAGCAGGUGCCGCGGCGUGGCCGCCGGCUGAAGAACAUACCGUCGUACGACGGGAAGGGAGGUUCGAGUGCGGACGCUCGGAUGAGGGAGCUGAGCUUCCUGCUGGCGGCAGCGGAGAACACCUCCCGUCCCUCCAGCAACGACUCGUCCCAGAGCAAUUCCAACGCCCCACCACCAACCACCCUCCCGGGGGCGGUCUCCUUCAAGGACGUCCUGGUCCAGUUUGCCAAAAUGAGCCAAUCCGACCGCUCGCUGCUGUCCAGCCUGAGCAGUCUGAGCAAUGCCGUAACAGCAGCAGCAGCAGUAGCCUCUGCCGGCGGAACUUCCGUGGCCACUACUACCAAUUGUUCGUCUUCUUCCCAACAGCGAUCGUCCGGUGGCGGCGAGUCGGCCGUGCCCAGUAUGGGCAAGGGCGGUGCCUACCCGGAAGUCACGCUCCACCCGGUGAUGAACUCGGCCAGUUCCAACUCUACCGCGCUACCCGAGUUGAACCUCAGCAACGGUGGUACUUCCGCGAAUCAAUCCCAAGCCGCCAACUCGACCAGCAACUCGUUGCUCCACGGCAUCCUUACCAAGUCCGCGUCCCGGCCGAAUCCGGCCACGACCGCCACCUCCGGCCCAGGCUUCACUUCGUUUUCCCCAACGCUGGCCCGACUCCUGACGGCGCCCGAGCGGAUGAACUCGGCGGCGGCGGCCCAGCAACAAGCUGCCACCGUCACGUCCGGGGCGUUGGCCAAUCUGCAGGCCAGCACCGGGCUCAAUUUGUCCAAGUCGAACAGUGAAAUCACCAUCACCCCGGUCGGGGGUGGCAAUGGGGGCUCGAAUGGCGGUAGCACCAGCAUUCAGGCGUCGCUGCUGCAGGCCGCCGCCGCCCAUCAGCAGCUGCAGGAGCAGCAAAAGCAGCUGCAGCGGCUGCGUGAGCAGCACUUUAUGAGCAUGGACGACGAAGCGGAGGACAGCGUGGACCGGCUGGUGAUUGACGAGGGCGAUGACCACCACGGCCACCACGACGGCCACGUGAACAAUUCCGGUGGCGGCGGCGGCGGCCAUCACCAGCGCAAUCACCGCGGCGAACCGAGCGUGGUCAUCACGGCCCGUGGCAGCGGUGGCGGAAACGGUCCCGAGUUCCACGAGAAUGACGUGCCCGAGUGCCAGGGCUGCAAAAAGCGCGAGGCCCAGUUUGUGUGCGCCGGAUGUGGCAACCAGUGGUACUGCAGCCGCGAGUGUCAGGUCAACGCCUGGGACGACCACUCGGAAGUGUGCACCGGUUAAGCUAAACUAAUCCCCAGGUAUUAUCGUUUUAUUCAAAAACUGACUAAUUAAACAAACACAAGCGCACUUGAGAGACAUUCAGCUUUCAGUAUGAAACGUUUUCUACAAUUCAACAAACUACCAGUUAUAAAAUGAAUAUAACCUUUUUAAACAAGUUUAAAUAAACAUUAUUAAAGAAAAAAUAGACACAGCAAAACUAUCUCUAAAAGACUACGAAGAAAGGUAGCAAAACAAUCUUAAUUUAAAAAAAGCAAAAACUUAUCUAGCAGCAAGAAAUCAUCAAAAUUAGCAUUAAAAAAGUUAGUUUGCAUUUCUUAGUGUUUUCUUUGCUCUAAAGUUAAAAAAUAAAACGAAUUUCACAAUCAAUUCACACAACAGCAGAGUAAGAACAAGUCCUUGGUUAAACAAGUGCAACAUUUUUAUCGUAGCUUUCUUAUAAAAAGAAUUUAAGUAAAUUUUCAUUUGAUUUGAACAUAAAUUUCAUAAAACAACAAACACCUAGCCGUUAUUACCCUAAUUAUUAUCGUAAAUUAUAUAAAAAAAGAAACAUCCUAACCAACAACUAAACGCAAGCAUAUUUACCACUAUCAAGA